AUGUCUUUCCCACGUGGUGAACACAGUGACAAGAGAGCUGGGGACCGUGAGGCCUGUCAUUCCCGGUCACGAAGGGAAGAUCACUAUACUCGCUAUCCUUCUAAUCGGAUCUUCCGGAGGCAUGAUGAGAGGAGAGCCGAAGCGCGAAACAAAGGAUCAAGAUAUGGGAAGGGGCCUUAUCAUUGUGAUGGCCAUAUCUCCUGGCGUGAAAAGAGGAGUACAACUGAACCUCUAGCACAAAAGGCCCCAGCAAAGUCAGUGAGUAUAUAUGAACAUGUGGACGAUCAUGAUGCUGUCAUUCCAGAUGCUGGUUUUACUUCCCGAAGUAGCAAUCAUAUUGUUGCUACAGAUGGAAGUCAAGUGAAGCGCUUGGCGAGCAUUAUUGUGUCUUCCGGUUUUCAACGUGGUCCUAUGGCUGACAAUGUGACAAUUAGAUGCAAGAGUGCGGCGAAGCAAUUAAAGUAUUCAUCGCCACCAAGGCCAGCAGCAACUAGUGAUGAACAAGUUAUAGGAGCUUUAAGUGAUAUUGGAGUCAUGGAGGAGGAUGGUGGUGGCGAGGAUUUGCUGCUUGAGGAUGAUCUCUUUGAUGAUGAGCUUAUGGAUAUUGAAGACAAGACUCAGGAGAUGGAAAGCUCGUCAAAGGCAAUGAGCUCAUCUAGACGCAUGAAACACCAAAAGGAUAAUGGCAAGAAGGGACUAUUGCCUUCACUCAUAAGGUGGGGGGAAAAGGAGGGGCACGGCGAUCUCACGGUGGGUCUAGGAGGGUGA